AUUUCAUGUGACGUUAGUAAAAUUAAAAAAAAAAAUUUUAAUUGAAGCUUGUCGAUCCUGAAACCUCAAAAUGUCUAAAAUGUGGGAAUACAGCAAAUUGUGGGGGCUACGUUUUACCGAAACCUUCCUCCAACUCUUCUCCGAGAAAAAUUCCGAUGGGACGAAAAAACUCCGCUUUAAAGCCAACGAAUUAGAACAAAGAUUCGCAGAACAGUUACUUCCAGCCGAUAUGGUGUAUAUUUCCACAUUUUUAAACGCUCAUCCUGAAGUCGUUGACGUUGAUCUGAGCUACAAUGGAAUCGAAGACGAGGGUUUAGAAACCCUUUGCAAUAUCACGCUCGCCCACCAGAACAACUUGCAACACCUUAACUUAUCCCACUGUGAUAUUACACCAGUGGGGAUGAAAGUCUUGUAUUUCACAGCCGAGCAACACGGUUUUGUUAAAUUGAAAACCUUGAGACUCACUGGAAAUAAAUUGGGACCCACUGGAGGACAUUUAGCUGCUCUUUUCGCCCCUUAUUGCCCCACAUUAGAAUACCUUGAUCUCGGAGACACUGACCAAACAGCCGAUAGUGUCGACUGUAUUUUCCUCCAGCUCUACCGAAGUCAAAUAAAAAUACUCGACAUAUCACGAGUCAUCCCCUGUAAUAAUAUGUCUCAAGUUAACAAUGUUUUUUUGAGUGAAAGCAUCUCGGAACUUAUUCGACUAAAUCAGACAAUAGUUGAAAUACAUGCCCAGAAAAGCAGUCUUGACGCUCAUGAUAUUGAAAGUUUGAUACUAGGAUUAAAACUUAACACUUCUUUGAAAUUCCUCGAUAUCGGUUAUAAUAAUAUUUGCUGUGUCGGAGUUGAAUUUCUCUCAGAGUGGCUUAAAACGCGUCCCCCGCUUUUAGGGUUGUGUAUUGCUGGAAAUAAUAUUAAAAAUCAUGGCGGUGUUGCUUUAAGUUUUGGAAUGCCGUUUAGUAAACUGCGAUAUUUGGAUAUCAGUUAUAACUACAUUGGUAAUGAAGGAAUCAUCGCCAUUUUGAACAGUAUUAAGAAACCCUACAUGCUGAGGUAUUUCCUCUUGUGGGGGAAUUCCUUCAGUCACCCCGCUAAUAAGAUAAUUCAGAGGAUGAUGUUAUCCACUGUUUUCGAACAAAGGGGUAUAGAUGUGAAGAUUUAUGAAGUUGAUGGGGUGUUAUAUGCCGCACGAUAUCCUGUUGAUAAAUAUAAACAGCAGUAUUAUGGCGUUAUGGAUUAUGGGUGUGCCGUAGAAUUGAAGAUUAAGAAGAAUAAAAUCGAAACGCGGGAUGAUAAGCCGAGAGCGUUGGUGAAUUUUGUGCACAUUGAUAGGUAUCCGGAGAUUGAAAAAAAGCCGAAACAAGUGCAAGUGUCUGAAGAGAAAGAAAGAAAAGUGAAAAUUUGCGAAGAUGAAGUGGAAUAAGUGGUCAAAAUGAGACAUAAUUUAAUAAAACAGUACAAUAAAUUGAGAACAAAAGUGAAUAAAAACGACUGGGAGAAUUAUUUUCGUACUUUUUAACAUUAAACACGCUUUAUUUUUUUACUUUUUUAAAUACAUUAUCAUAUGAAAAUUUAACCUCUUAGAAGGCUGUGAAAUGGCUUUUGCUACUGUAAAUUAUCUUAAAAGA